UCCUUUAUCUGGACCCUUCUCUUCUCAUGCACUCUUCAUAAUUAUAAUCCAUGUAGUUAAAAUAUCACCAUCUUCUACAAAUAAAAACCUCCCACCCCCUCCCCAUCUCUCUCAUGUAUCCUUUCUUUCUCCAUCUUCUCCUGUCCAUUUCGUUCAACAAGAGCACUCGAAUAAGGAGAAGGGAUAUAUAGAUGUCUUAGAGGGGAAUAUAUACACUGAGGAGCUCCUCCCAAGAAAGAUGGUGAGAAGAAAAGGUGGUGGGGUGGGACGCCUUGUCAUGGUUCUUGGGCUAACGGGCCUUGUGAGCCUUGUCGCGGUGGCCGGUGCUCACGGAAGCUAUCCGGCGGUGGGCGGCGGCGCCGCCAAUCUUGGCCUCUCCGCUGGCCCGCACCGCCACCGCGAGCGUGCCAUUCGUCGAUUGGAGAGCUUCAAGGCCUCCCUCGCCGCCGGAGCUGCCCCUUCGCCGGGUUCACCGAUUACAUCAAGAUCGCGAGUGUACCAUGUGACAGACUAUGGUGCUGACCCAACUGGGAACACUGAUUCCAGUGAAGCCAUCAGCAAGGCCAUCUCUGAUGCCUUCCAAGUCCCAUCUGAUCAUGUUUUGAUGCCUGGGAUCGCCGAUCUGGGUGGUGCUGAGAUCCAUUUAGAUGGUGGAUCAUACUUGAUUGGUUCUCCUCUGACAUUGCCAGCCAGUGGAGGUGGCAAUCUUAAGAUCCAUAGUGGGUCACUACGAGCCUCUGAUGACUUUCCGACGGACCGAUAUCUAAUUGAGCUAUGGGCAUCACACUCACCUAGCUCAGACUCCUCCAGUGCAAGCUCCUCUAGCUACAACUAUGAGUACAUUACUCUCAGUGGCUUAAUGCUGGACUCCAAUUUCCGGGGUGGCGGCAUCGCCGUUGUGGACUCCCUCCGGACGACCAUCGAUAACUGCUACAUCGUCCAUUUCACGUCGGAUGGCAUCUUGGUCCAAUCAGGCCAUGAAACCUACAUCAGAAACUCAUUCUUAGGUCAACACAUUACCGCCGGUGGUGACCCCGACGAGAAGAAUUUCUCCGGCACCGGGAUCAAUUUGAUGGGCAAUGAUAAUGCUGUCACUGAUGUGGUCAUUUUCUCUGCGGCGAUUGGAAUUUUGGUCUCCGGCCAGGCUAACACCCUGGCAGGAGUUCAUUGCUACAACAAGGCCACUGGGUUUGGCGGGACCGGCAUAUAUUUAAAAUUGCCCCAGCUAACCCAGACCCGAAUCAUUAACUGUUAUUUGGACUAUACUGGUAUCGUUUCAGAAGACCCGGUUCAGCUUCAUGUAUCUGAUUCUUUCUUUCUUGGUGAUGCCAAUGUGGUGCUCAAAUCAGUGAAUGGUGUAAUCAAUGGCGUUAACGUCGUGGACAACAUGUUCACCGGUAGCGGUAAGGGUGUCGAUAUCGUCCAAUUGGAUGAAUCAAAUGGAAAAUUUACGAACAUUGAUCAGGUGAUUGUGCAGCAUAAUGCCGUUAGAGGCAUGAUAUUACGAUCUACGGUGGCGAAGGCAUCGGUGGAUGGGAAUGGGAGUGUGUGGACCGUCGAUUUCUCACCGGUGCUAUUGUUCUCAGAUCGGAUCCAGUAUGUACAGUACACAUUGCUUUCUGACUCAACAAGUCCCAACCAUGCUCUUCGGAACACAUCAGGGAAUCGGGUGGUGAUCGAGUCUGAUGUGCCAGUGACGGCGAGCGUCUACGUGGCUGUGGAUCAAUGUGUACCAAAUAUUGGUGAAUUCUAGUUUCAAGUGGCAUCAGAGAUUGUAGAGGUGGGGCAGGUUUUCGAAAUCGCCCACAAAACACAACCAUGCUGAUUCAAUUGUUUAUGGCUUUAUGUUGUUUUCUUUCUUCACACAGCUCAUAGUGAAAAUAACAACAAAAAUCCUGAUUGAAAUGAUA